CGCAAGAUGUAGGCGUUAGUCUUUUGUUUCAAGUUAUUGAAUGUUGAUGCUAGACUUGUUAACAAAGUGAAAACGAAAUUUUGGUUAUUUGGUUUUAUCAACUUCUAGUUAGAACAGAACAGAUUCAUAUUACUAAAAAAUGUCUGAAAACGAACAUGUCGAGGAAAAGAAUGUUUCGAAUGAAGAGAAUGAUGUAAUCGAAAGCAAAAAUAAAGGACAGAAAAGAAAAAGGCCUUCUGCAAAGGCAGCACCUUCAAAAAAAAAAUCAAAGACAGAAGAAACACCUCUUUCAGGCAAAGAAGAUGAAAGUGAAUCAGAAGAUGAUGAGAAAGCUCCUGUUGGUCUCUUGGAUCGUUCACCAGAAGUUACAGGAACUCGUGUUCGAAAACAGGUUGAGAGGCUUAACAUUAAUAGUCCUGCAGCGACAGAGAGUCCUGAUCGCCGUAAAAAUGAACAUCUGCCAGGUAAAGGAAAAAAGCUUGGAACAUCACCCAAAAUCUUGGCUCAGCUUCAGAGUGUUAAGCACUCCGACAUGACCCUUCUUCAUCGACUUUUGUUCAAAAGACCAGGAACAGCUCACGAGAUUAAGAAAAAUAUUAGAGAAUUCUCUGGAUAUCCUUUUAACAAAGAAGAUAAAGAUUUUGAGAGCAGGAAACAUAUGCUGGAAAAGAAUACCUUGACUGACUUAAAGUUUAUUUGCCAAAUCCUGUGCCUUGAAAAAAGUGGAACUAAAGAGGGUAUAAUUGAGCGGAUACUUGAAUUUUGUUUGUGUCCAAAUCCCAGCAGUAAACCUGUCGCAAAAAAAAAUAAAAAGACAACGAAAGAGAGUAAGAAGAAGACCAAUGCUAAGCAGGAUGGCGACAAAUCGGCAAAGAGCAGUCCAAAGAAAAAUGUUACAUCGACUGAAACUGUUGAAGACGAUUCAAGCACCUCCGAUGAAGAGGAAGAGGAGGAAAAUAAUUCAUCUGAAAAUGAAGAAUUGCCCAAGCCAACACCGGUAAAGAAAGCCAACAAAAAUGUCUCAACAACAAGACCAACUAAAGAGGUUACAACACCGAAAGCAACCAAAAAAGCCACAGCUAGCAAGGAAAACAAAGAAGCUCCGGCUACUAACUCGAAAAAAAAAACACCCAAGAAAUCACCGAAAAAAUCAGAGAUUAAAAUUAAACUACCGCUCAUGAAUAAGGGGAAAAAGAAAUCAGCACCCAUCGAAAGUUCCGAUUCAGAAGAAGAUGAAAAGUUGAUUGACCCACAAGUCGACAAGAGUAUUGAAGAAGAAAAGUCAAUUGAUAUACCAGUAGACAAGGCUAAGGAAGACGAAAAGUCUAUAAAAGAGCUAUCGAUUUUGCCUACGAAAUCAAAAGCUGGUAAAGACGAAAAGUUCGUCAAUGAAUCGCCUAGCACCGUAAAAAGUUCUGCGAUAGCAAAGUCAACCGAGCCGACGAAUGACGAGCUGGCCAAUACUAUCAAACAAAUUUUGAAAGGUGCAAACCUUGAAGAUAUGACCAUGAAAAACUUGUGUCGUCAGGUGUACGAUAAGUUCCCUGAAUGCGAGUUGGAGAAAACAAAGAAAGAUUUUAUUCGAUCAACCGCCCGCGAGAUUCUUGGUGGAGAAUCGUGAUUACACCUAGGGACCAAGCAGGUUUAUUCUUAAAUUUUAAUUUUGUUUCCCAUCGUACUACUCUGAUACAUCAAAAUCUUUGAUAAUACAAAGGUUAGAAAGAUGGUA